AUGCACUUUUCGUCAACCACUACUUUCCUGACAUUGGGCCUAGCCCUUGUGCACACCUCCUUCGCCAUCCCGGCACCUCUUUCAACGUUGAGCAAGCGGACCGUCGACAACCUCCCGCCCAGCGACCAGUUCGUAGCUUGCCCAGGCUACAGAUAUAGCCGUGCUCAGGUCGAAAAGGCCAUCCAGCAAGGCAUCAACCUUACCCCUACCAACGCGCCACAACCAGGUGGCUACCCUCAUAAUUUCGGCAACAACCGAAAGUUGAAGUUUUCCGACGCAUGCAACGGCAAGCAGCUGAAAGAAUUUCCUCUCCUGCACGGUGACUCCAUCUUCGGCGGUGGCGAUCCUGGCGCCGACCGUGUAGUAUUUUACAUCUAUACGGACAACCCAGACACAAACCCAACGGAGGAUGGCGCAUACUGUGGGGUGAUGACGCACGAUGGGGCGCCUGAGGGCGAGUUCGCGCUCUGCCCCGUGGAGGACUAA